GCGGGCCAUGGCCCUGCUGGUGUGGCUGGGCCUGACGGCGGCGCUGGCCCACGGCUGCCUGCACUGUCACAGCAACUUCACGGAGAAGUUCUCCUUCUACCGCCACCACGUGAACCUCAAGUCCUGGUGGGUGGGCGACAUCCCCGUGUCCGGCGAGCUGCUCUCCGACUGGAGCCAGGACACGAUGAAGGAGCUGCACCUGGCCAUCCCCGCCGAGAUCACCCGGGAGAAGCUGGAGCAAGUGGCGAAGGUCGUGUACCAGAGGAUGGAUCUGCUGUACCGGGGAAAGAUGUACUUCCCGGGGUAUUUCCCCAGCGAGCUGCGAGCCAUCUUCAGGGACCAGGUGCACCUCAUCCAGAACGCCAUCAUCGAAAGCCGCAUUGAUUGUCAGCGUCACUGCGGAAUCUUCCAGUACGAGACCAUCUCCUGCAGUAACUGCACAGACUCCCACGUUGUCUGCUUUGGCUACAACUGCGAGUCAUCAGUGCAGUGGGAGACAGCCGUGCAGGGUCUCCUCCACUACAUAAAUAAGUGGCACAAAGAGGACAUCAAGACAAGGAACACCCCAGCCUUCCUGAUCUCGCCGGGCUUCACGUGCCUGGAGCCCCCUCUCCUCGCCAACCUGACCCUGGAGAACGCGUCCGAGUGCCUCACCCAGCACUGAGGCCCCAGAGGAGCCCCCGGUGCUGCUGGGGGCAGACCCAGCUUGGCUGUCCCAGCCGCACCCCAUCGGGGCAGGCUGCUUGCUGCCCUUGGGGAUCCCCCCUGUCCUAGCCCAAGGGGCCCCAGGGAUGGGAGGGGGAAAGGGAGAUUGGUUUGUAUAUAAUGAGAUCAGAGAGCGAUUUGCUGUAUUGAUUAAACUACCCAUUUGUUUCUUAUAGAAAGAGUUCUUGGGGU